AUGAGAGAGCCUUUCCUCCAGAAUGAAGGUACGUAUUCACUCGCGAAAGAGGAGGAGAAGAUCGUCACGCCUCACGCGACCGCCUCCGCUAUCAGCAUUGCGUUCUUCCGCUGGCUGGAUCCACUCUUCGCCGCUGGUUCCAAGCGGCCUCUCCAGCUCGAAGAUCUCCCGUGGCUUGGCGAGAGAAAUUCCGCGGCAUUCCUCUUCCAGAGAUUGCGCGGGAGCUCGAUCUGGGAUGCGAUUUGGCGGCCGAAUCGCAAGCUAGUGAUCGCGAGCGGGAUCGUCUCACUCUUGCACGUCUUGGCUUCCUACGCGGGCCCUUUCCUGGUGGCGGACUUCGUCGCGGCUUACGGCACUUCCCCAGGAAAGGGAUUCGCGCUGGUGUCGGGGUUUCUUCUCGCCAAGAUCAGCGCCAACUUGCUCGAGAGGCAGCGGCAUUUCAUGCUGUGCCUGCUGGGACUGCGCGUCGAAUCCUCCCUGGCGUGCCAUGUCUUCCACAAGGCGCUCAAGAGCUCGAGGGUUUCGACUGGCGAGGUGGUGAACUUGGUCACCUCGGAUGUCCGGCAAGUCGGGUGGUUUUGCUGGGAGAUCCACAGCGUUUGGACGCUACCACUCGAAGCACUGCUCGGUUUGAUCAUCCUCUACAGAGACGUCGGGCUUGCGAGCUUUGCGAGCGUUGGAGCGCUGAUCGCUUGCACACUCUGCAACGUUCCACUCGCAAGUAUUCAAGAGAAGUCGCAAGGCAAGAUGAUGCGAGAGCGGGAUUGCCGGAUGAGAGCUACUGCCGAGUCUCUGCGAAGCAUGAGAACUCUCAAGCUUCAUGGAUGGGAGGAAAGUUUCUUGCGCAAGAUGGAGCGCCUCCGAGCUGCCGAGUAUGCCCAUCUCUCCAGGUACUCUUACGUCCAAGCGUUGUCAAAGUACGUUUUUGCCACUGCUCCGUCGGCCAUGGCUGUGGUUGCGGUCGCGUUGAUGGCAAAGCUCCAGCCGGGGAAGAUCCUUUCGGCAGUCGCAGUGUUUCGGAUGCUGCAAAGCAUGCAGGACGGGAUCCCGGAUUUCAUUAGCUCUCUGGUGGGAGUUUGUGUCUCCAUGCAGCGGUUGUCCAAGUUUUUCGAGGCCAGCGAAGUGGAAUCGAGGCCAGAGUUUACAGGUUGUGGUGGUGGUGGUGCUGCUGCUGCGAUCGAAGUAAGAGCGGCCAGUUUCAGCUGGGACAGGGAUCCAGAGCAUCCAACUUUGAAAGACAUAAACUUGGAGGUUCCCAAGAGAUGUUUCGUGGCGAUCACUGGAGCCGUUGGUUCUGCCAAGUCGAGCCUCCUUUCGUGUAUCCUGGGACAGAUGCCAAAGCUUUGUGGAGAGGUGAUUGUGAGAGGCACAACUGCUUACGUUUCUCAGUGGGCAUGGAUACAGCAUGCUACCGUGAAGGAGAACAUCUUGUUCGGGAGCGAGAUGAACAAGGAAAAGUAUGACAAGAUCAUCUCUUCUUGCCAGCUCAAGAGAGACUUGGAGAUGCUAAGCCAUGGCGACGAGACACGCAUUGGCGAUCGAGGUGUGACACUGAGUGGGGGACAAAAGCAAAGACUCCAGCUCGCAAGAGCCAUGUACAAGGAUGCUGAUAUCUAUCUCCUGGAUGAUCCUCUCAGUGCUCUCGACACUCAAACAUCCAGGGACAUUCUCAAGGAAUGUAUCCAAGGGAUUCUGUGCACGAAGACCGUUCUACUUGUGACGCAUCAUCUUCAGUCCAUCCAAAUGGCCGACAAAGUGAUCGUAAUGGCGAACGGGAGCUUAUCAGUGGACUGCGCAGAGCAAAGCCGAGCGGCAGCAGAGAGUGCAACAAUGGAUGAGUCUUCCAAUCAGGAUCGAAAGGAAGAUCCAGCCGAGAUCCAGCAAAAGUUGGAAGAGCCAGAGGCAGCCGAGCAAAGGGAGUGUGGAAGUGUGAGCGGGGGCGUCUACUGGGCCUAUCUAACAUCAGUCUAUCGAGGAGCUCUUAUUCCAGUGAUCUUAGUGUCACUGGCUAUUUAUCAAGGCUUGCAAGCAGCCGCCACAUGGGAAGUUGCGAGGCCGAGAACUUCCAAGGCAAAGCUUGUCAUGGUUUUCGGUUUGCUCUCUUUGGGAAGCUCGCUGGCGUCACUCUGCCGAGUCUUGCUUGUCGCCGUGGUGGGAUUGAAAACUUCACAGAAAUUCUUUCUCGGCAUGUACCGCUCGGUGUUCCUCGCUCCUAUGUCGUUCUUCGACACUACUCCGAUCGGACGUAUCUUAAAUCGUGCUUCUACAGACCAAACCUCGGUAGAUAUCUCUGUGCCGCUGAGAUUGUCCGAGCUAGCCGGCUACAUGACCGAGCUCGUUACGAUAAUUGUCAUCGUUUCAUUUGUUUCGUGGCAUGUCCUCCCGGUCUUCGCGUUUCUAGCUUCUGUGGCUUACUGCCUCCAGAGAUACUACAUCAAGACAAUUCGCGAGCUCCCAAGACUAAUGGAGAUCCAGCGCGCUCCCAUCGUUCACCACUUUGAGGAGUCCCUGAGCGGCCUCGCCACGAUACGAGCAUUCCACCGGGAGCCACAGUUUCUCGAGAGAUUGUUCCACCUCGUCGACGUAAACAACCGUCCACAGUUCCACAACUUUGCAUCCAUGGAGUUUCUGGCUCUCAGGAUCGGCGUCCUUGCCGACGUUUUCUUCUGCGCUUUGAUGCUCCUGCUCGUUGCUUCCCCCAAAAGUCCAGGUUCGGCAGGAGUUGCUGUUACGUACGCCUUGAGCUUGACAACAGUGUUGACAUGGACACUGUGGAGUCGAGUUGACACCGAAAAGAGAAUAAUCUCGGCCGAGCGUCUACUCCAGUAUACACAACUCCAUUAUCAAUCUCCACGGAGAGGGAAGCAUGUUCAGCCUGCUGAGGAUUGGCCGCAACUAGGCACUCUGGAACUCAAAGAAGUCAAGGUUCGGUACAAACCAAGCGCACCGAUGGCACUUUGCGGGAUCUCAUGCAAGUUCCCAGCCGGGAAGAAAGUGGGCAUCUUGGGACGCACUGGCAGUGGAAAGUCGACACUCGUGCAGGCAAUUUUCCGCACAGUGGAGCUCACUUCUGGCCAAAUUCUCAUCGAUAGUCUCGAUAUCUCUGCAGUGGACGUGCAUCUCUUGCGUUCCAAGCUGAGUAUAAUCCCGCAGGACCCCGUUCUAUUCGAAGGAAGCAUACGUUACAACUUGGAUCCACUGAGUACGUUCUCGGAUGAUCGAAUAUGGGAGGUUUUGAGGAAAUGUGAGCUCAUGACUGCUGUGGCUUCCAAGGGAGCUGGUCUCGAUUCACUCGUUUCGGGAGAUGGCGAGAACUGGAGCAUGGGACAAAGGCAACUCUUGUGCCUUGGCAGAGUGUUGCUGAAGCAAUCAAGGAUCGUUGUGUUGGAUGAAGCGACGGCAUCGAUCGACAGUGCCACCGAGAGAAUCAUACAAACUCGUAUAGCUGAAAACUUCCAGGAGUGCACUGUGGUGACGAUAGCACACCGCUUGGCAACAAUCCUUUCCAACACUGAUCUAGUUGCCGUGUUGCAAAAUGGCAAGCUUGUGGAAUUCGAUACACCACCUGUGCUUUCGAGCAAUCCAUCCUCAGCGUUUGCGACACUGUUGAGAAACCAUCCCUGAGAUCAUAUAUAAGUUAUAAGUCUU